UCCAAUGGAUUUUGACGUGAAACUGACACUAAAUUCACCAGCCAGUGGCAAAUUUUGCUGUCCAAUUGUGAACCAAAGAGCACAAUUGCACCUUCAAUCAUCUCUCCAAGCACGCCAUUCAUUAGGGGCGUCCGUCGACAGCUGGCGUAUUAAAAACGAGUAAUGGCGAUUGACUAUUGUGUCGCCGGGUGUAGCCUUUUGGUCUGAUGACAAUGAAUCAAAAAAAAAAAAAAACCCUCCCUCGCUUGCUAAUGAGCAUUUUACAUCUCGUCUGCUCUGGGCCUCUCCGUUUCCAGGGGCAGUCUUUUACCGGUUGCCAAGCAACCUCGUGAGGAGACAAUCCAGCAAAAAAAUAAAUAAAAGGGCGCAUUUCUCGUAUGGAUAUCUUACGAGCUGUUUGAACAGGUCAAGUCAUUAACAUUAACCGUCUUUGGGUUGCCAACCUCCUCCCCGAUAAUCUUUACGGCGAUGCGCCAAUAUUGUCAGUCACACAACUUAGAAGCGAGAGGUUAAGCCUUGAGAAUCGACAGCGUGGAGCAGAAGCGGUCUUUUUUGUUCGUUUGUUUGUUUUUGCCUCUGACAGGAAGGCCCGGCAGACUGCUGAGCCUGAGCGGAGGUGCAACACUUGGGCUCUGUGUUGUAACAUUUAUUGACUCCGCAGAGAGCAGCUGACAGGGUGGACCGAAGGCCGUUUCAUGCAACUGCUAUCAACAAAUGGGAGCCAUAUUACCGUCAGGGUGGACAGAUCUUUCAGGGCGUUCUAAUCGGGCUCAGUGAAAGACAAAGGUGAAAGGGGAAAAAAGAGCAGAAGCAAGGUGAAGAUGAUCUGGCGCAACGAUGCCGUGACUGCUCUUCAUCUCAUAAUCAAGCGGCGACCCCGACGAAAAAGAUGGGAUUGAUCGCAGCAUACCUGUCCAGUUCGUUGGAGUGAAAAGUGCGGUGAGCCACCUUCCCGCAUACUGGAACGGCGUCUUGGACCCGAAAGCAGCGCACACCAACAACGGACUCACUCUGCAUUUUUCUUGUGAACCGAGAAGUUGCGAGUCUCAAGCAGGACAAUUUAAGGGAGAUGGCAACCGCGGGCAGGAGCGCGCGAGGCUGGCCGCUCGUGCUUUGGGUGGUCGCCGCGUGCUCGCUCGCAGCAGACGGACGGAGAGUGAAGCAGGCCCGAUGCCCCGCUGGCUGUACUUGCACCAAAGAGAACGCCCUGUGCGACAACGUCCGAGCCGUGCCUCGCACCUUCCCUUCAGACGUGCUCUCGCUGUCUUUUGUCAAGUCCGGAUUCAACGAAAUCGCCGGGGGAAGCUUUGUGCAUACGCCUGCCUUGCAACUACUGUUGUUCACGGCCAACUCCUUUGACCUCAUCGAUGACGAUGCCUUCGUCGGCCUGCCGCAUCUGGAAUAUCUAUUCAUUGAAAAUAACAAGAUUGCGACACUCUCCCCCUUUGCAUUCCGAGGCCUGAAAUCAAUGACCCACCUGAGUCUGGCGUACAACAACCUUGAGACGCUGCCUAAGGAUGUGUUUGAGGGACUGGAUGCUUUGACGAAAGUGGACCUGAGAGGCAACAACCUGCUCUGCGAUUGCAAACUCAAGUGGCUGGUCGAGUGGAUGCGCCACACCAACGCCACCCUGGACCAGAUCUACUGCAGCGGGCCGCCCGUCCACCGGGGCAAGAAAAUCAAUGACCUGCUGCCGCGCUCCUUUGAUUGCAUCGCGUCAGAGUUCGCCGCCUACCAGUCGCUGAACUUUGAGUCCAUUUCCGUUGAGGCCUUCGCCUUUGGUGAAGAGCAGUACGUUGUGUUUGCGCAGCCGUUCGCUGGGACGUGCAGCUUCCUGGAAUGGGAUCAUGUCGAGAUGACCUUCCGAAGCUUCGACACCAUUGAAAGUAAGUCGGGCCGAGGGAAGCGCCAACCGAGGCUCGACGGUGAGGCGCUAACGCUUCUGCGACAUGUUCCAGGCACUUCCACCGUGGUCUGCAAGCCCCUGGCCAUCCGCGACCACCUUUUCGUCAUUGUGGCGCAACUCUUCGGUGGCUCCCAUAUUUACAAGCGGGACGUUUCUGCCAACAAAUUCAUCAAGAUCCAGGACAUCGACAUCUUGAAAAUCCGCAAACCCAACGACAUCGAGACCUUUGUGAUCGACGGCGAGUCGUUCUUCGUCAUCGCGGAUAGCUCGAAGGCCGGCGACACGACCAUAUACAAAUGGAACGGCAACGGGUUUUACUCUCACCAGUCCCUCCACCCGUGGCACCGAGAUACAGACGUGGAAUACUUGGAGAUCUCCAACAAAGCCCACCUGAUCUUAUCCAGCAGCUCCCAGAGGCCCGUGGUUUAUCAGUGGAACAGGGGCCGCAAGAGGUUUGACCGCAGGACCGACUUACCGGAGAUGGAGGACGUCUUGGCCGUCCGACACUUCCUGGUCAAGAGUGAGCUGUUCAUUUGCCUGACGAGAUUUAUCGGGGACUCCAAAGUGAUGCGUUGGGACGGCGCCAUGUUCAAGGAGGUCCAGACCUUUCCCUCCCGCGGAUCCAUGGUUUUCCAGCCCGUCUCCGUCGGCAACUGGCAGUACGCCAUCCUGGGCAGUGAUUAUUCGCUGACGCAGAUCUACCGGUGGGACGCCGAGCGGGGCCAGUUUGUUCCGUCCCAGGAGCUGAGCAUCCAGGCGCCGCGGGGCUUUUCUCUGGUGUCGCUCGACGGGCGGGACUUCCUGAUUGCAUCCAGCUUUAAGGGGAAGUCGCAGAUAUACGAGCAUCUCAUGAUCGAUCUUAGCCAUUAAAUCCGCCCUCCCGUUUGGGCUCGCCGUCUUCACCGUCCGUCACUGUUUAUCUGACAUGUGUUACGACUCGUUUAGAAUGCAGGCAGUGCACACGCUAGGGGAAUCUGGUGCUGAUGACCGGGGGGGAGACGCUUGGGGGGCGGCCGGCGUAGAUAAGGAUAGCGGGUCUUGGAAGAUUGAAGAACAGGACAUGGCCGGGGGGGGGGACUUGAGCUGUGGUCCAGGCUUAGAGGAAAUGCAAAACAGCGACCCGGAACACUUGCAGAUCUUGUCGCGUUUCAUAUGACGCAGCGGAACCGGUCGCAUCGGAGACCCGCGUCAUCCAAUGAAAAGAGGAUUUUCAAGACGUCAUCAGUCGCGGUUCGCUUCUUUUCGGAUGAGGGUUUCACAGUCGAGGGGCUCGGGGUUCAAAUCUCGGUCCUUUCUGUGCGCAGCGGGCUUUGCUCCGCCAACUCGGGCUCCCUCCCGCAUUCCAAAAACACGCAUACCGCUUUGAUUUCAGAUAACAUUUAUUCGUCCUACAAUGGGAACAUUUUCAAGACUCGAACAUUUGCCCCAACCGUAGAUGUCAACGGUUGUCUUGCCCAUGUGCCCUGUAAUUGAACCGGGGUCGACGCCGCCUCAGCAGGGAUAGAAUCCAGCCCACUUGUGACCCCGAAAAAGGCCCGUCGAACAUACUGGGGUUUGACAAGCAUCCCGUAAUGGAUGAUGUGCCACUGUCACAGCGACUGCGCGAGCUUGAGCAGACUUCAUUCACAGUACCAUGUGUCGCGUGAUGGAGGGUGGACGAUUGGGACUCUGCUGCAAUUUAGCGACCGAAAAACAUGCUCCAAAGUGAGAAUGCCAUCGAUUCCGUUGACACCACUUCCAGAGCACGCAAUCAGCUCUUCUCCAUCCAAUCUGUGACCGUCGCUUACGCAAGACUCGAUGCAUGAUGCCGACACUCGCGGCGGUGCUUUUCGGAUGAAUGACUCACUAGAAGCGUCCCACUGUGUCACCCGCCUCGCUCCCUUUCACUGCACUCUUGCCCCGUUUUCGCCCUCACUGACAAAAGCAUUGUUGGGAGUUGCAGUACCUGUGCAUUCACACGCUCCUCUCGUUGGGAAUCACAAUGCAAUUCUGAAAACGGUUCACACGACCCGCAACAAUUGGCCAAAUAGGAUUUUUACUUACUUAUUUUGUUGAUGACACUGUACAAAUAAUGGAAUUCAUACCACACAGCUUUUGGAGGUAGAAAUGACCGCACUCGGUCUUUUUUUUGUCACUUGGUGAUGUUAGCGACAGCAUGAUGUUGAGUAUCAUUAAAACAA